AUGAAGCUCCUUCCGACCGUCUUCCUUCUCCUCCUAGUCGUCCUUGCAUUGGAUGAUGUGGAGGCCCGAGGCGCACCCAGGGGUCAUGGUGCACACCGCCAGUGGUCCAGCAUGUUCGUCUUCGGCGACGACUUUGUCGACAACGGCAACGUUCCCAACAUCAUCGGUGAGAAGACGUCGCGGCAAUGGAGCUACCCGUACGGCGCUUACCGCAACUCCAGUUGGUCUGGAGCUCCUGUUCCAACAGGACGCUUCUCCAACUACCGGAUGCAGUCAGAUUUCAUCGCAAGGAUGUUGGGCCUCAAUGAAGCCCCUCCAGCCUACGAGCUCACAUCAGACCAAUCUUGCGACUCAUCUGGCAUGACCUUUGCUUUUGGCGGCGCUGGUGUCUUCAAGGUGACGGAGAAGAAAGUGCGGACCCUUGCCGCACAGGUCCAAGCUUUCAAGAGGCUAGUCAACGACGGGGUCAUCCCAACACGACAGCUUCAUCACUCUGUUGCGCUCAUCGCCAUCUCCGGCAAUGACUACAUGACUGGCUCCGACGCCAACAGUGGCUUCUACUCGAGCUUCGACGAUCUCGACACUUACAUGGGAAACGUGGCGACUGAGAUCCUAGAUAAUGUGGCACAGCUGCAGAUGCUUGGUGUGAGAAAGACUAGCUCCAACAACCAUACCACAUGUGACCUUCUCGCCAACUAUGGCGCAUCCGUGCAUAACAAGUAUCUAAACCAAAUGAUCGGAGAAAGGGACAACGUCCACAUACUGGACCUCUACACUGCCUUCACCGAUAUAGUCAAUCACGCCCCUGGUGAAGGGUCGGAUCGGUCCAAGGAUUUCAAGCGCAAGCUGACCCCAUGUUGCAAGAGUUCCUAUGAGGGAGGGUACUGUGGAGAGCGUAGCAGCUCAGGCAAGCACCUGUACGAUCUAUGCGAAAAUCCCGACAAGAGGUUCUACUGGGACGAGACACACCCGACACAUGCUGGGUGGGAGGCUGUAAUGGAGGCGCUGGAGCAACCUCUGAUGGAAUUUCUGGAUCAGGACUACAUUCCAUGA